AUGAUUUCAAAUUAUCUUCGUAUUAGUUCUAGGUGUAAAUAUAUUUUUACUGCAGCAAUAACUGCUUUUUUGACAGUAAAUUGUGUCUCCUCAGAAACAGAUACUAUUCUGUCAAGUCAAUAUGAAUCUAAAAUCGGAUUAAAAUUUCCCGAGUCAAUCAUUGAUCUGGCAUGUUUAGCAAACACUUUCCCAUCACAAUUUAAACAAGAAGAAGAAGAUGAAAACAAUACAUGUUUGCCUCAAAUAAUAAAAAACUAUACAGAAAUCAAAGAAAUUCCAAGUUUAUUCUACGAUGAUAUUGAUCAAUCAUUCAUUUCAAAUACAUAUCCAUCUUUAGGAAUCAAAGGAUUACAUUUGAAAGUCUAUGAAACAAAGAAAAUUGACCAACACAAUAAUCAAUAUGUGUUUAUUGUUGUACGUCAUCAAGAACAUAAUUCUAUGUUAACAGAUGAAAUGAAUGAAAUGAUGAGUUUAUUUGGACCAGCAGCAACCGUUGAUCGUCAACAAGGUAAUAAAGAACUAUUUGGUGCAUCAACUGUUUCAUCCAUGAUUCGUUUUAUACGGCAACAACUUGGUCUUGAUUAUUUACCACAGGCGAUUUCCAUGUUUAAUAAGAUUCAAUUACAUUAUAAAAAUAAAGAUAAUAUCAAAUAUAUAUUCAGUGGUUUUAGUUCAGGAGGUUUAUAUGCUAUUGUAUUAGCUUUAUAUUUUCAAUGGCCUGCAAUUACAUUUUCAUCUACAGGUGUUGAAGAUAUUAUAAAUAUUUAUUAUUCCAAUAUAUUCACCGAUGAUAAUAAUAAGCAAUCUAAAAUACCACCUAUUUUUAAUUUUGCUCAUCAACUAGAUAAUAUUCCUCAAUUAGAUUGUCAAUUGGGUACUGUGUGUUUGUUUAAGACUGGCAAUAUUGAAAAAGAAAAAGAAUUAACUGAAAAAGAAAUGGAAUCAAUUCAUUUAAGCACGAUAUUUGGUAAGUCUGGUCCAGAUAUUAUACAAUGGCUUCGCCAGCCGGAACGAUGGACGUGUACAACAUCGGAUAAUUACAAUUCAUUACAUGGUAGUUGUAAACGAGAACGUUUGCGAUGGAAAGAUAGAAUGAAACGAACAACUGACGAAAAGCAAGAUUUGUGA